AUGGAUCUGCUAGGGGAUAUUGUCGAGAAAGACGCCACUGCUCCUUCGAGCGUGGAUGCGGCUCCAGCGACUGGUUUUCCGGCACUUUACGAGCCUGAAAAGAUAUCAUCCUGGAAAACAAGACUAUACCAAAAGAGACAGCGGUCGGGCGCUAAAACCACCAGCAAAACGUCCCAAGUCAAUGGUGGUAAGCCACCCGCUGCUGAGUCAAAGCUGAAAACAGAACCUGAAACGGUGGCUGAAGAGAUUCACCGCGAAAACGUUGCGCGCAUGCAGCAGAUGUCCGCCGACCAACUGGCGCAGGAAAAACGGGACAUUUUGGAGUCGCUGGACCCGAAAGUCAUUCAAAGCUUGAUGAAGAGACUCUCGAAGCAGGAUUCGGGCCAAAAAUCUGACCCACUCAAAGACUAUAUCAAGCCAAACACAGCUCCACUCUUCGCUGAAGUAGAAGGGGCACCAGGGACCUGGAUCGGCGGUUCUCGCGAAAUUGCUGAUCUGCCGCACCUUGACGACGAGAAAGUUAAUGAAGCCCUAGGAAUACAACCCAAGCCCUCCAAGCAUGUCAAAUUUGAGGGGGACGCUGAUAUACAGGAGCCUACGCAAAGCGAGCCUCUAGAUUUCGCAAGACCGAGCGCCGACGAGGAUGAUAUUGCCCCUCAAGAAUACCAGUUUGUACAGCAGAUGGACCACAUGAAGAACGAGGAACUACUCAACGACGUUCAUUUCAUGAGGCCUGUCAAAGAUGCUCAAGAAGACUUUGAAAGCUUGGAUAUUCACGACCCAGAAUUCGAUAACAAGCUGCACGAAAAGUAUUUCCCAGAUUUACCAAAAGAGGCAGACAAGCUUGCUUGGAUGAAACCAGUUCCCAAAGCAAGUGCCAACGACGUAAUUCAGGACGUCGCCCAGUGUAGGUUUGAUUUCAAAGGUAACCUAGUGCCGCCCAACCGCAAGAUCGAAAGUACUAGAAAUGGUCUCCACCAUCAUUCAGAGGAUCCUGAACUCGCCGGUUACACAAUUGGAGAACUCCAGCACUUGUCAAGGUCUACAUUUCCCUCCCAAAGAUGUAUAGCAAUUAGAACUUUGGGGAGAAUUCUUUACAAACUUGGCAAGCGGAACUACGACCAACUUGUUCCAGAGGUAGACGCUGAAACUUAUCAGGAGAUGGGUGGGGCUGAUGCUAUAGUGAGCCGAAUUUACACGAUGUUUUGGGAUCUUUGUAAGUCUCACCAGGUAAUCGAGUCGCUCACCGAGGCGGCAGACGAAUCAAUGACGAAAAACCUUUCAGUCCGGAACUAUGCGAUCGACGCCCUAUGGCUGUGGAAAGAAGGCGGCGGUGAUUCCAGAAGUGGUAGCAAGGAAGAAAGUACAUAA